AUGCCAGAUAACUUUGAGAGUUUCAACCCAAUGUCUGAUCCCUCUGAAGACUGGGGGUGUAAAUUUGAUGCAACUCCAGAACUGGAAAAUAGAGAAGUUAGUCUGGAUACUGACGAAAGUUAUAAGUCACGUACUCAAUUGCUACUUAUCACUUUGUUUAAUGCUCUUGUAUUACAAGUGUUUGGGUCUCCGAAUGACGCUGAAAAGUUAGAGUUUUUAUUCUACAACUAG